CCCAUUCCAUUCCAAACAAAACAACACAAAGACUUUCUGAAACAAAACCGGACGGUUAUCUUAGUCUUUCAACCAUCCCGUAUUCCUUCUUAUUAUAUAAGAAAAAAAGAGAGUCUUUUUUGUUGUUGUUGGGUAUAAUAUAUUUUCCGCGUUCUUGUUGAUUGUGUGUCAAUUCCCUCUCUCUUCGAAGAAUCAAAGUCGACCCAGUUCCUUUGCAGAUCUUCCCUAUCAUUUUCUCUGGAAAAGUUGAUAUUUUUUGAUCGUUUUGUAUUUUGAAGAUUAGCAGAAGAGUUAGAUGUUGAGUGAUAGAAGGAAAAGUUGAGGUGGGGUGGAUAAUAUGGAUAAUCUCUGUUGUUUCAGUUCUUUCAGUCAGGUGGUUGGAGGGCGUUCUUCAUGUAACUCUGGAAAGGGCAAGAGCCAUGAGUCCCCUGUCAAGUAUGGCUUUAGCCUUGUUAAAGGGAAAGCAAACCACCCGAUGGAGGACUAUCACGUAGCAAAAUUCGUCCAGUUCAAAGGGCAAGAGCUAGGACUUUUUGCUAUAUACGACGGACACCUUGGAGACAGUGUACCAGCCUAUUUACAAAAGCAUCUCUUUUCUAAUAUCUUGAAGGAAGAGGACUUCUGGAAUGAUCCAUUCAUGUCCAUUUCUAAAGCUUAUGAGACAACAGAUCAGGCAAUUCUUUCUCACAGUCCGGAUUUGGGGCGAGGAGGAUCAACUGCAGUGACUGCAAUUCUCAUAAAUAACCAGAAAUUAUGGGUAGCCAAUGUUGGAGAUUCACGAGCAGUUCUGUCAAGGGGAGGGGUGGCUGAACAGAUGAGUACUGAUCAUGAACCCAAUACUGAACGGGGCAGCAUUGAGGGUAAAGGUGGCUUUGUCUCAAACAUGCCAGGAGAUGUUGCAAGAGUGAAUGGGCAGCUUGCAGUUUCUCGAGCGUUUGGAGACAAAAAUCUCAAAACACACUUGCGAUCUGAUCCUGACAUUCAGUAUGCUGAUAUUAAUUCAGAUAUUGAGCUUUUGAUACUCGCUAGUGAUGGUCUAUGGAAGGUAAUGGCAAAUCAAGAGGCUGUUGAUAUUGCAAGAAGGACAAAGGAUCCAGAAAGGGCAGCGAAACAACUAGCUACUGAGGCAUUGAACAGAGACAGUAAGGAUGAUAUUUCCUGCGUUGUAGUUCGUUUCUAGGGAUGAAAAAGGAAAACAUAAAUACUAUCUAAAAGUUCAUGGUAUAUAUAUUCUGCAUAUCAAGACCUUCCCUUCACAAUUUGGAAAUUUAUGGAAAAUAGGUUUUGCCCCUUCCCUUCUUCAUGUGUAAAAAUAUAAAAUUUGAAGUUCUUGAAUUUAGGUCGUGCUGUUUAGUAUUUCUCGAUUUCUUCGUUUUUGUAGAUUCAUGCCAUAAUUUUUCUUUGUAAUAUGCAUUGUGUGUCAUGGAGCAGUGUGAAGAUGGCCACAGUUUAUAUAUUGAACAUGGGAUUUAUGCA